UUUUGACCGUCAGUUUGAUUACGGGUGCCACUCGCACCGCACGCGUGAUAUCGGCGUACACUCGCACGCCUCUCUUUCGCGCGAUCGGCGAACAGGACGAGGAAACACAUUCGCGACGAUUUCUCUUCGCUAUCCCCUUUCUUUCCAGCAGAGCCCACAAUCACGGGGUGGAAAAAAGGGUUGCAGGAAAAAAAAACGGACAACUGUCCAGGGGAGAGCUAUUCGUCUCGGAUUUAAGUAACGAUUGGCAUGUAUACGAUAUAGUAAUCGUUACAUUUAAAUAUCACAAUGUGGAGAACUCACCGAUCAAUUUGCAUGCUGCCAAUCUGGGUGUUCAUUGUAUUGAAUUUGUUGAUCAAUGUUUCAGCGCAAACAACCUGCAAUGGUGGUUUAGGUAGAGUCGUCUAUGAGAGACUUCCGGAUCAACAACUUCAGGGCUUCGACGACGAUGUAGUGCGAGACUCGGCGCCUCCGUUUAGGGUUCUGGAAAAGUGUCAAGAGCUCUGUCUGCGCGAUAGAACGGCAACGAACAACUUAGUCCGCGCGUGUACGAGCUUUGACUUUCAACCUGGCAGUAGAAUUGCGUCCUUUAGCGGCGCGGCCGAGUACGAGGAGAGUACUUGUUAUUUAACGAGGGAACAAGCACAGCCGGAGGGCAUCGGAAAUCUCAUGCUCGUACCAAACAGCGUGCAUUUUACCGAAGUGUGCCUGGCGUCUGAUAGAAUAGAAAGGGAAUGUCCAAACCGGCAUUAUGUAUUUGAGAGGCAUCCGAGGAAGAAGCUGAAGUUACCUCUAACGGACAUCAAAGAAGUCAGUGCUGCGAAUAGAACCGAUUGUGAAGAUAGAUGUCUUAAUGAGUUCAGUUUUGUCUGCCGAUCAGCGACGUACGACACUGCCUUGAGAAGCUGUUCUCUCAGUCGUUUUACACGAAGAACUCAUCCCGAAUUACUCGAGGAUGAUCCAAAUUCUGAUUAUCUUGAAAAUACUUGUCUUAAUGCCGAGCGACGAUGUGAUGGUCUCGCUGUAUUUGUCAAAGAAGAAAAUAAACGUUUACGCGGUCCAUUUGAGGUGGAUAUUUACACAAACCUCACUUUGGACGAGUGUCAAGCACUAUGUCUUAGGGCGGAGAAAUAUUUCUGUCGCAGCGUUGAGUUCGACGAGCAAACUCGUCAAUGUGUUAUAUCUGAGGAAGAUUCAGUUUCGCAAAAGGAUGAUAUUGGAAUUAGUAGUAGCCCCAGUCAUCACUUUUACGACCUCGUCUGCUUAGAUAAUCAUCCGUCCGUAGCACGCGGUUCGGAAUACCCGGACAGCAGCUCGACGUCGCACCUCUUCGCCGACGGUCGACGUCCAGACACGGCCUUCCAACGUUAUCGGAACUCGCGUCUGAGCGGUGAGUUCCAUUCGGAGAUCACUGGACGCAGUCUCAGCGAGUGUCUUGACGAGUGUCUCCGGCAAACGAGCUUCCAAUGCCGCAGCGCCGUCUACUCCGAGCAUUAUCACACCUGUCGAUUGAGCAGAUUCAAUCAGCGAGACGGCCACAGGAUUAUCUACGAUGCUGAUUACGACUAUUACGAGAAUCUCAUGCAUCAAUAUCUAGAUGGAGAUCGCGAUGGUCCUGGAUACAGACCGGAUCCUCUGGGACAGGACACAAACUUUGGACGACCCUCUUUAGGAAGGCCGGGAUACCCGGAUGAUUAUGAUAAAGGAUAUUCCAGCAGCGCCAAACCAGAUCGUUAUCCCGAUCGCUAUCCAGAUCGUAUUCCAGAUCGUUAUCCAGAUCGAUACCCAGAUCGUUAUCCUGAUCGCUAUCCAGAUCGUUAUCCCGAUCGUCGUCCUUUAGAUGACAGGUAUCCAGAUAACAGGUAUCCAGGACAGUAUCCUUCGGGCGAUUCGGACAAUUAUCCAGACCGGUAUCCUUACAGUGAUCGAUAUCCCGAUAGAUAUCCAGCUUCCGCUGGAGAUCGUUAUCCCACAGGAGAUCGUUAUCCCGCAGGAGAUCGUUAUCCCGCAGGAGAUCGUUAUCCCGCAGGAGAUCGUUAUCCCGCAGGAGAUCGUUAUCCUACAGGAGAUCGUUAUCCCGCAGGAGAUCGUUAUCCCGCAGGAGAUCGUUAUCCCGCAGGAGAUCGUUAUCCUACAGGAGAUCGUUAUCCCACAGGAGAUCGUUAUCCUACAGGAGAUCGUUAUCCUUCGUCUGAUCGUUAUCCCGUUGGAGAUCGUUAUCCAAUUUCAGAUCGAUAUCCAAUUUCCGAUCGAUAUCCCAUUAGAGGAGGAGAUCGUCAACCUAUCGGCAGUGAUAAAUAUCCUAUGCCCGAGUCCGGAACAGACAGAUAUCCUGCCACUGGCCGAUAUCCUGUAAUACAUGGUGUUCGAUAUCCGUCAACUCCAAGUCGAUAUCCUGUCGACGUCAGCGAUCGAUACCCGAAUAUGAUUGACCGAUAUCCUUUCUCAGAAGAUCCAUUAGAUCGAUAUCCUACAGCAGUAGGCGGCGAUCGAAUUCCGAACGAUCGAUAUCCAGCCACUGGCAGAUAUCCUGACAAAGAUCCUUAUGCCAAUCGCAGGUAUCCGCCGUCAGGACACGGAAUGUAUUCGCACGGAUUCGUCGAUGAUGUUCGCGGACCUCAAAGCCAUGGUAACGAGCCACGACCUCAUUAUCCCGGUGGUCCUUACGGUUCGGUGCGACCAGUUGGAGGAUACGGGAGCGGUAGCGAUGGCGGAAUCGUGGGUGGCGGGUACAUAGGCGAAGGUGGUGUCUACAACCCUCGUCCGUUUGGUACCGCCGGCGGGCCCAUCAUAGGCAGACCUCCGUUAAUAUCUAGAUGCGACGAGCAAGAUAAUUUUAGACAAGUCGGACCUCAUACGAGAGUGCGAAAGCCAUUUGUCAGACGUUAUACCACUGCCUCGUCUUUAGCUCAGUGCGAGAGAGAAUGUGCCGAUGCUAGAGACUUCGUUUGCAGAUCCUUCAAUUACCGGCCCUACGCCGCGCCUUACGGAGCCGAGAGGGACAAUUGCGAGCUCAGCGACAGGGAUUCCAGGGACAUGGACAUGGGUAACCCAGUUUAUUACGACACCGGUUCUGAUUACGACUUCUACGAGAGGAACAACGGUCGCCAAGGCGCGGACGGGGAAUGUUUGGACGUGAGUCAAGUCUGUAGUGAGGAUGGGAUGGAGUUUACUCUGAGGACGCCGGAGGGUUUCAUUGGGCGAAUUUACACGUACGGAUACUAUGAUCGGUGCUUCUUCCGCGGAAACGGCGGGACCGUGAACGUGCUUCGUAUCAGCGGACCACAGGGAUACCCUGAGUGCGGCACGCAGAGAUACGGCGAUACGAUGACAAACAUCGUGGUGGUGCAAUUUUCGGACUAUGUGCAAACCGGACGAGAUAAGCGAUUCAACCUGACGUGCCUGUUUCGGGGACCUGGCGAGGCUGUCGUCACGUCCGGCUACAUCGGUGCCGGAUCAGGGUCUCCCAUCCCCAUCGAAUAUCUCCCAGCGGAAAAUACCCUGAGUUCCAAAGUACGUUUGAUGAUUCUCUACCAGGGUAGACCUACGACUACUAUCGCUGUUGGUGACCCUUUGACUUUCAGACUCGAAGCUCAGGACGGAUACAAUUACGUAACAGAUAUAUUCGCUACCAAUGUUAUUGCAAGAGAUCCCUACUCUGGUAGAAGCGUUCAACUGAUAGACAGAUACGGCUGUCCCGUGGACAACUACGUGUUUCCGGGAUUGGAUCGCCUUCGUGACGGCGACAGCCUCGAGGCCCGCUUUAACGCCUUCAAAAUACCCGAAUCAAAUUUCCUGGUGUUCGAGGCGAAUGUGCGAACGUGCCGUGACGGCUGCCAACCGGCGUAUUGUUCCGGUGGCACCGGUAGAAGCGAACCGUCCUUCGGUAGACGGCGAAGGGACGUAAAUAAUGAUACGGUAGCGGAUGAAGACGAAAUGUCGCCGAUAAUCGUGACGGACGACGACGCCGAGAACGCAUCGACGACGAACUUCAACGUAACCGGCAUCGCAGAUGACGAGCCCGAGACUGGGGAAAACGAGGAGGAGGAAGAGCACGUCAGAGAAAUGAUAGAGGUUCUCGAUUCGCGAAUGGACAUCGAAGAUGAAAUGGUCGUGGAAAGACAAACCAAAAUCCCGGAAAAUAUUUGUAUAACUCAAAACGAAUAUUAUGGAUUAGUUACAGCAGUGGGAAUCCUCGUCGUUCUCUUGGCCUCCGUCGUUCUUUUAUCUAUGCUCGUUUACAGAAAAUACGUUUAUUCCGUGAUCAUGAAAAAUCGUAGACUCGACAAGACCUGCAAUCGUAGCAGCCAUUCCGAUGAACCGUACAGCAGCCGAGUCAACAACUUUUCUUUCAUGAGGGCAGGACUUCAAAAACCAUUUCAGGCCUCAUCGAUCUCGAGAUCAAUGAGCAACGCUAUCGGCCAACGUUUCGCUUCAUCAUCUACCGCUCUGGAAGGUGCUGUGGGAUUGUCUACUGGACGACGUAGCGGUUUUGAUCCGAGUGAACCGAUUUACACUGAUCCCUCGCUCUUUGAGGUCACUCAUUGCUCGAAUACCACGAAAUCAGGCCUCAACGAUAACUUUCAUCUUAUGUAGAACAAGUAUUUGCGAAGAGCGAUUUUAAAAUUGCAUACAUAUCACUCAAAAAAAAUUUGUUAACUUGACUAAACUU